AACGUUACCUCUGACCUCAGGGCUAAUCAGAGACAGAAGGACGCAGUCCUCGCGAGAGGUGAGGUUGAAGCUGCCUCCGCCAUCUUGGAGAUGGGAGACGGGCGAUGGCUGUGGUCCUUCUGCUAAAGCAAACAAAACGGGCACAUUAGUCACCCCCCGAGUGAGGCUCUCAUCACUCUAACUGUUGGCCAAAGCUACAGAAGAAGCGAAGGUGUCAAAGCCGAGUGCGGCGAUACUGAUAGCAGCUUCAACUGCCUGCUGGGGCGGCAGAAGUGAAGUAACUGAGGACCGGAAGGAUGGUGCAGUCGUGUUCCGCCUACGGCUGCAAAAACCGAUACGACAAGGAUAAGCCGGUUUCUUUCCACAAGUUUCCUCUGACUCGACCCAGUCUUUGUAAAAAAUGGGAGGCGGCUGUCCGAAGAAAAAACUUUAAGCCCACCAAGUACAGCAGCAUUUGCUCAGAACACUUCACCCCAGACUGCUUCAAGAGGGAGUGCAACAACAAGUUACUGAAAGAGAACGCUGUUCCCACAAUAUUUCUUUGCACGGAACCGCAUGACAAGAAGGAGGACCCGGAGCCGCCGGAGCAGCAGCCCCCGCCUCCCCUGAGCCCGCCCAUCUCCCAGGUCGACGCUGCCAUCGGAUUGCUCAUGCCCCCGCUCCAGACCCCCGAUAACCUGUCCGUGUUCUGCGACCACAACUACACCGUGGAGGACACCAUGCACCAGAGGAAGCGGAUUCACCAGCUGGAGCAGCAAGUGGAGAAGCUCAGGAAGAAGCUCAAGACCGCCCAGCAGCGGUGCCGGAGGCAGGAGCGGCAGCUGGAGAAGCUAAAGGAGGUGGCUCACUUUCAGAAGGAGAAAGACGACGUCUCGGAGAGGGGCUACGUGAUCCUACCCAAUGACUAUUUCGAAAUCGUGGAAGUUCCAGCGUAAAAAAGUGAGAUUUAUGUCGAUUUUUCACGGGGCGAUACCACACACACACCCCUCUUCUAGCCCACCGGGGAGUUUCGUUUGAAAAGAUUACACUUGAUUACUUGUAUAAAAACCAUUCAGAAUAUUUUUUUAAAAAGAAUAAAUUAGAUAUAUACUGUAAAAUUGUAAUUUUUUUUUUUUAGUUUGUAAUGUCAGCGUUUUUACAUUUUAACAAAAUAUUUUAAAAGUUAUAAAGUAACCUCAGAGCUCCCAUAUAAGUUGGUUUCCAGAUUGGGGAUUUUUGUUUUUUAAUUUGAGUAUUUCUAGAAAUGACAGAAACAUAAAAAAGUAAAGAGAAUGAGAACAGUACAGUGAGGAUGAUUUUGGUUUAAAGCGUAACAUUUUUAAUUAAUGCAGUUUAUUGAAAGAACUUAGUUAUGUCUUAAAUCAGAAGCAAGGGACACAACUUCUCAGAAUAUAUAUAUUCUUAUUCACACAUCCUUGUUUGUCAAGUCAGAAGAUUCAUCUGUCUUUCUUAAUCACUUGUCAAAGAUAAGUUGGCAAGUCAAUACUUUAAAAAGAAAAAAAAAAGAUCGGUUGUCUUCUGAGCAGAAAAUGAGUCAUUCCAUACUGAAUCUAAAUGGUUAAAUAAUGCUAAAAAAUCGAUUUUUAAAAGUGGGCCCUUCUCUCCCCCCACUGUCUAGCAUUAUAGAGUUAGAAGUUUAUCUCCAGUGGAAGAUACAUCCUUCAAUAAAUAAAGUAAGCAUUGCUAUCCACGAAGUAAUGAAGAUGGUGACCUGGUCCAUGGUUAGCUUUUUUCUGUCACUGCUCUGAGCCAAGGGACAUCCAGUUCCCCAACUGUAGUCACACCUGCAUCCAAAUCUCUAACCAGGUGCAUUGUGUUGGUAGAGUUUGACUUGUACUGUAGUAUGGAAAUCUUGCCCUUGACUAAUUGGUUUUGGCCAAGGCUUCACAUAAAAAAUGAUUUCUUCACUUUUAGCACGAGUUUGCAAUGAUACCCCAUUUACCUAAGUGUACGUUAGCUCUGUUCAGAAGCAUCCUGAUAACGUAAUGCGUGGAAUGUUGAGAUUUAAAACACUGACGAUUCUGUUCAGACUGUGAGUUGUGUUCUGACUUGGUGAGAAGUUUUACAUGUAUUGGAAAUGAAAACAGUUCCGCAUGAACAAGUUCUCCUGUAGGGAUUACCUCCUUAGAUUGAGAAUAACCGCUCCCAUGGUGAUGAUUUUAUAUUUCAGAGUGCUGCACAGAACAUUUAAAAAGACGCCGCAGUGGUGUCUAGGAGUGUCUUUUGUAGACCUGGUUUUCAUUGUGAUUCGCUGCCAUGGUGCCAGCGGGCAGUGCUUGAUUCCUGGAGAUUUGAUUUUUAUGGUUACCUGAAAUCUGAUGACGUUUAGAACUAACUCUAAGAAAACAGAGGACUUUUUCCAGUUAUUCAUGGGUCUCAUUACUGCUUUUGGAAACCACAAAGUCUCCAAGUAGUUUGUUUUCACAUUUCAUGUCUCUAGCAAUUCCUGGAGGACACGUGGGUGAAUAUUUUGCAAAGUAGAUAUCUUAAAUCUAAAUUGUCAGUACGUAAAAGAAAUCUGUGUGUGUGUGUGUCCUCAGAACCAAGCAUCCAACACUGAAUUGUGAAAAUGAUCGUCUCCAUGACUUAGCGCCUUAGUGUUGUGAUUUAACCUGAAGCUAUUUUUUUUUUCAUGACA